AUUGGCUGUGGGCCUUAUGCAGCUGCUUGUCAACAAGAUGGCCUUCCUCCUCCUGCCGCUCUGACACUGAUUAUUUUGGUAUCCCCGAGAACAUACCCGUACAAAGCUCGUGUCACUUUCCAAAUAGAUGUUGGGCGACCGACUGCCGGGAGCCCCGACGAGGCGUGGAUCAUCGGCCGGACUGUGUUCGGAGGAGUGACGGGCAGCAGCCAACCACCACCACCACCACCACCACUCAAAAGACAAGGUUGAUAAUGACACAGUAGCUUCUGGCUAAUGUCGACGGUAAGCUAGCCUGCGAGCGAGCGAGCUAGCUAGCUAGCUAGCCGUUAGCUUACGUGGAUAGGCAACUCGUGUCACCUGCAUUUCACCAGUCCGACUGGUUUCGGUCGGAGCGACACGCAGCGAGGAGACCGUCGACUCGUCCGCCACAGAGGAGUUCGCCGACGGGGAUUGACGUUGUCACGGUUGUAUGCCCAGUGUUGCCAGUCAGCUUGGUGGCCGACGGUGCCCAACAGGUCGGCACUGCGACGGGGAGCCGACAAUGAGAGCUCUGGCUCCGGGUGUUUGCUGGCCAGCGUAGAUGCAGAUAUGCCCCGGUGGUCGGCUUCCUGAUGGACCGAGACACCUUCUCCCACAUCCGCCUGUGGUGUCCACGCCCCUUUGGCACCUACUCCCAGAACAAAGCCAGGAGCCCCGGCUCGGGUGGCAGUGGUGGGGGCGGCGGCGGGACGGGGUCCCCCUCCCUUUGCAAGGCUGAGCCCUCUCCGGGUGCCAGAAGGACGGUGGAUGGAAGUGAAGAUGGAGGGAUGGUUGUGGGGGCGCAGGAGGAGAACGGCGAAGAAGAGGACGUGGGUUCGGAGAACACUCCACCGGAACCUGAGCUUGACUCCGGCUCCCUCACACAGAGCCAGGCCCCUCUGCCCUCUUCGGCCCCAGCCUCACCACCCUCUCCCGGGUCCCAGAUGGAAGAUGGCCGCGUGCUGUUGGACACCUGGUAUGUCAUUAAGCCAGGCAACACCAAGGAGAAGAUUGCCUUCUUUGUUGCACACCAGUUCAGUGGAGCAGGUCAGCCCAGACCCAGUGCCAUGAAGGUUAAAGGUAACUGGGCAACCGACUGCAGUAAAGCCAAAAGAAGAAGACGAUGCUCCUCCUAUGACCCUCCAACGCGGUCCCAAGCCCCAGAGCCGCACCUCAGCCACGACUCCCCUCUUGCACCUUCCAGCCCCGAUGAGCCACCACUGGGGGGGGUGAAUGAAACAGACCUCCUGUCAGUGGCGGAGAUGGUUGCCUUGGUCGAGCAGAGGACCGCGAUGGCCCUCCAGGGGAUUGUUGCUGUGCAUGGGAACCAACAGCAGCACUCCCCUACCACCACUCACAAUCAGGACCUCGCCCCCCACCAACACACUCUGCUGCGGGGCACACUGUCGGACCCCACACCUAUGGUGUUUGUGUCAGAUGGCUCCAGCAAAACGCAGCCCUCCAAAGAGGCCCACGAGUCGUCAUCUCUCAUCCAGACGGACCAGGAGCUGGAGGAGCAGCAGGAGUCCUGCAGGGUCGCCCAGGCCAUCGCGCACUUUGAGUCCCAGAACCUGGAGAAUCAGCUCCACUUGGGUGCUGGUUCUGGUAUAGACUCUGCCAAUCGAGACGGAGACGGGGAGCGUAGGAUAGGGGGAGAGUCUGGCAUUGUGACCCCUCCUCCGCCCCCCAACCACAGUCAUGGUCACGGUGAGGUCAGGAUAGCUUUCCGAGUGUCGAAUCUGGACCAGCGGUCUCAGUUUGAGACAGUAGGCCGGUCCCGUUGUAUGUUCAUGAGCUGUGGUGGUGGAAGCAACCAAUCGGCAGCCAGGGCCAAAGAGAAAAUCACCUGUGACCUCUACCAACUCGUAAGCCCUUCGUCGAGAGACCCCGGGAGUCUCCUGCUUGCCGCCACAGCUGCUGCCCCUAAACCAGAUGGAGACCACCAUCACUCGGACAGGCCGGCGUGUGGCAGCCCUGACCCGACCCAGGAGCUUUCCUCUGGCGAGAAGAAAGCUGUGGGGCGGGAGCGAGUGACCGGCUUCCACGUGGAGGUCGUGGUGACGGGGGCGGUGGACCAAUGUGUGUUUUAUGGCAAGGACAGUACAGAGAAUGUGCAGGAGGAGACCGUGUGUUUCGCUAUUCCCGGCGGGGGAGGGAGUGGGGGUGUAGGCAGCUCCUCGGACCCCUCAUCAGACGAUCCCCCACCUGGACAGCUCUUCUUCCUUCAGCCCCCACGGGGUCCAGAGGAAGACACAAAAGGAAUGGCACCCGGCAGUGGGUCAGGAAUGUGCUCUUUGGACUGUGCCAACAACAACGGCCCCGGGGCGGGGGUCUCGGUGAGCUCCGGGGAGAGGGCUUCUCGACCGGACUCUCCUGGCGCCGCGGACGACUGUUCGGACCCCUCGCUGUGUCGCCUCUACCGCCACGUGUCCCACGACUUCCUGGAGAUCCGCUUCCAGAUCCAGCGGCUCCUGGAGCCGCGUCAGUACAUGCUCCUGCUGCCCGAUCACAUCAUGGUCAACAUCUUCAGCUACUUGCCCACGCGCUCCCUGGCCGCCCUCAAGUGCACAUGCCACUACUUCAAGAUGCUGAUCGAAACGUACAGCGUGCGGGCGGUGGACUCACGCUGGAACCAGGAUCCCCUCUACAGGGAAGACCCCUGCAAGCAGUGCAAGAGGCAGUAUGAGCGCGGCGACGUCUCCCUGUGCCGCUGGCACCCCAAACCUUACCACCACGACCUGCCUUAUGGACGCUCGUACUGGAUGUGCUGCCGGCGUACGGACAAGGACACGCCGGGCUGCCGCGUCGGCCUCCACGACAACAACUGGGUGCAGCAGCCCGCCGACGGCUCGCAGCCCGUCCGCACCAAGAGAGAGGAAAGGAGGGAGGAGGCCAGGUAGAGAGGAAAAGAGAAACACCUCCUCACACGUUACCAACUCUCGUCUCUUCCGGUGAACCGCCUCCUCUCUCCCUCUCGUCUCUGUCCAGAGGACACGUACAGGGAGGGACAAGAGAGGAAUUCGUGGAGAAAUGAGCACUCCAGGACUGUAUGUGUUUUACUUUGCUCCAGCAGUCCGUUCUCACACUCGCCCUCGGUGGAGGGAGGUUGAGAGGUAAAGAAGGAAGAGCAGGUGUGUCACUCUCCUUGCCUUGGUUUUCCUUUUUUCCCAAGCCCUCCAUAAUCCCUCUCUACCCUCACUGUGUCCAGAGCGGCACCCUUCAAAUAAGAAAAAAGAUCGCAUACCAGGGUUAGGGUCCCCUCCUUCUGCCUCUUAAUCAGUUGGGUUUCGAACUCCGUACAUGGUUCUUAGGUUCCUUCACGUGAGAACUCUGUUCAGUGUAUUUUUGACUGAGAUUAGCAUCCAUACAAGUGACGCAUAGUAAUGUAACGCCCUGGAGCCUGCUUUACCGUUCCCAGUACGUGUUCUGUGUAACUCGUGUCGUGUCACACACUUCCAUGUUUAGCUGUACAAUGGUGCUUUCGAGGAAUGAGAUAUGUACAACAGAUGUAAAAAGAAAAAAAACGUCAGUGGUGGAAUGUCCGGCUGUCUCUAUAGAAAUGUGAUUGUAUAAAGCAAACUUGAUUUUUGUUUUUUCCGUUGUACGAGAAUUUACCAUUCAUACCUGUCCUGCACCACGACUUUCUCAUUUUGUUUUUUUUUGAAUAUGCUGUGACGUACUACGUUGAUCAAACCCCUGAUUAUGCUGCUGAAAUCAUUGCCUGUGUCACUGACAUUUAAUUCUGGAGUAGCCGCCGUACCGUUGGUACAACGACGGGCGACGGUCUCUACAUCAGUCGGCCUCGCUGACCCGAGCCCGUCGUGGUUUCAGAGCGGACCCUAACCUUGCUGACCAGCCAUAAAGAGGAGCCACCAAUGGAUUUCUGGUUUACAGAGAAUAUUGUGGGAGAUGGAACUUUAUUGAUCAAUAAGACCAUUGGGAUUGAAUGGGAUUUAAAAAGAGAAACUUGAUGUCACUUUGGAAAGGCCUGAUGUCACUUUGUAUGGUUUGAUUGACUUGCUUGUUUGCCUUUUUUUUCUCCUUUUUUUUUUUUUUUGGUUGGCUGUUUUUAUUGGUGUGUGUGUGUGUGUGUCGGAGAAUGUUUGCUGUUGUACUUUGCUUUUAUUCUUGAGGACUGUGUUCUCUCUGUAUCAGUCUGAGGGCCUACUCAUCCUGCAAAGAUGUGUUGUUUUUUUAAAAUACUCCCAUCUUUGUUUUAACUCCCCCCAGCUCUCUUCCGUUCCUCCUCCCCCUCCGUCCUCCUCCGACUCGGCAGAGGGCAGCGUUUGCCAAAGCCGUCAUUCAUGCUUUUUUGAGAAAAAAACAACAACCACAGACUUGCAGAAAAUUCUCUACACCAGCCUCCAGCCUUAAAAGCCCCCCUACCUCUUACCCACCCUGCAGGAGACCGAGGGCGUCGGAUACCUCACAGAUGAGUAUUGGGAAUUGCACAGGACCCUGUAAGUGGCGAGAUAUUUCAGACGCUCGGCGGGACUCGAUCGAGCUCUACUGGAUCCACCCAUAACUCUGUGUGUAGUGUGUAGUGUGU